AUGCUGCACAGGGCACUUCAAGAGUUGGCUGACGACUGGGAGAUGUCUUCUCCUCAUUUCGGACACUGCAAAGCGCUGUUUGGGGUUUUACAGGUUUUUGCAAAGCAGAGCACGGAGGAAUUCUUCAAGCACUGUACCAGUCUUGGCAACCCGGGGCGGCGCGACUGGUUGAACUCCCAGGUCUCAGCAGAAACAAACCUCGAUCUUGCCUUUGGAAUCCUGUCUGCAUAUGCAAGUGCUUUCGACAAGGAGCCUCCCCAGGAAGAGCCCACCUCAACUUUGGUGGAUGCUUGCGUCUUUUUCAUUCUUCGCGUUAAAAGCACUAACGCGGAGCUUGAGGAGGCGCUGCAGGACUUCGUUUCCUCGGGAACUGAAGACUCUCGUUUCUUGCUUGCUGAAAGGCUCCGAGAUGCCCGCGUAUGGGUGCAGGAAGCUAGGGGCAUGCUGGCCUCCCCAGGCAUGGGCAGAAACAGCGUUUCGGUGACGAAGCUGAGAGAAGCAGUAUCCGCAUUGGGCGACAAGUGCUCGGCCGCGAGCACGGCUUUGGGCGCUGCGCUGCAGCGCAGAAGCUGA